GCUCGAAGCCCUAAAUCACGGUCGCAUUUAGAAGACGCAUUCUCAGGCCUCGUAGACACUGCCACCAUGCCCGCGAUUCGAAGCACAAUCGACCGCCUCGACAAGCCAAGCUCAUAUGCGACAGCAAAGAAGCGCAGACGCGACCGCAACAACCGCGAAGAAGACCGCCCCCGCUCACCCUCGCCUGAAGACAAGCUCAAGGACGCAACCACGCUCUACGUCGGCAACCUCUCCUUCUACACCACCGAAGAACAGAUCCACGAGCUCUUCUCAAAAUGCGGCGAGAUCAAGCGACUGGUAAUGGGCCUUGACCGCUUCCAAAAGACGCCUUGUGGAUUCUGCUUUGUCGAAUACUACACUCACCAGGAUGCGCUCGACUGCAUGAAGUACAUUGGCGGCACGAAGCUGGAUGAGCGCGUGAUUAGAACGGAUCUGGACGAGGGCUUCACAGAGGGAAGGCAGUAUGGCCGUGGUAAGAGCGGUGGCCAAGUGCGCGACGAGUACCGGGCUGAGUACGACCCCGGACGGGGCGGCUACGGACGCGCAGUCGAUGAAUACCACGAGGCGCAGUAGGACAAUGCGAUUUCAGGGAUUAAGCAGUGAGUUGCUGCUAUCGGUGAUCACGAUCCACUCAAAGACGUGGGCUCGGCGUGCGGUGCUCUUAAUCGCGACCACGACGGUGACGACACAAAGUCCCCGGACAUUACAGGACGAAACCCACGCUCGUCAAUAAGACGGCGAACAAUGUUAUCGGGCUAAGGACGCGCUUGCAAUCUUCCCGGGGUUGAAGAAUCGUACGAGAGGAACGCGAUAUCCAUCAUCCGACACUGGUCAUUAGUCUUUUAGUUUUAGGUGUGCACGCAUAGGAGGCAACGACACCAUGUCAGAUGCCUUCAAAAUACAUCAACAUGCUCAACCGCC